AUGUGCAGGAGCCAAGUCUUGUUGGAAAAUAAAGUGGUUCCUGUAGAACAAGCAGUCAGAGAGCUGAAGGAGCAGCUGAGAUCUGACUUAAAGUCUCUGCAGGAUAAGAGGAACAAACACAAACAUGUGGAGGAAACAUACAAUGAUGUGAUCCAACACCACAAGAAGCAGCUGCUGUCCACAGAGAGACAGAUCAGAGCAGAGUUCAACAAGCUCCACCAGUUCCUGAGAGAGGAAGAGGAGUCCAGACUGGCAGYUCUGAGGGAGGAAGAGGAGCAGAAGAGGAAGACUGUCAGCAGAGAGAUGAAGAAGAUCCAGGAGCAGAUCUCCUCUCUGUCAGACAGUAUCUCUGCUGUUGAAGAAGACAUGCAGAAAGACAACGUGUCCUUCCUCAG